AUGAAGCUUUCUCUAGCGGCCACGGUGCUUAUUUCGGCCGUCUGGGCGUUCCCAGCGGCAAUUCCGCCGCCAGUGGCGCUGCUUACCGUUUCAAGAGUCGAAAUCGCCCCUUCGUCGGCGCUUCCAGAGCCAAAAGCAGACACAGACGCCAAGUCUGACCAAAACAACGAAAACACAAAGGCUGCCGCAGAAGAAACGGCCCAAGCCCAAGCCUCGGGCCCUGGGAACUCCAAGAAGCUCCCGGAAGAACUCACGCUUGCCACAUUUGACGAGUUCACCGCCUCGCAUGUGACGUUUCUCGAGUUUUACCUGCCCUACUGUUCCCACUGCAAACAGCUUGCGCCCAAGUGGAAGAAAACCUUCGAGACGCUUCAGAAGGAGCAGCCCGACCUACCGAUCCACAUGCGCCAGGUCAACUGCGUCGAAAGCGGCGACUUGUGCGAGCGGGAAGGCAUUUCCUACUACCCCAACUUGCGGCUCUACGUGCCUUCGAAAGACGCCGCAAAGGGCAAGUUUGUGGAGCUGUACCCGCGUGCAAUGGACAGAACGCCCGAAAGCUUCUUGCGCUACAUGGUGCGGUCUGUGGCCGAGUACAACUCUGGCGCCAUUGAUCUUCCAAGCGCUUCUGUAGAAGGAACGGCGGCGCUCGGAUUGAACAUGAGUGCGGGCGAGAUCGACGAGCCGUACUUUGUGGCGCUUUUUGCAGCCUCUUCCGCCGAGUGGGCCAAGGACAGCUUCCUGGACUCGUGUAUCGACUGUUUGGAGCACAAGCAGACAUGGUCCAAGGUGUCGAACCUCGUGCUUGGCGACGCACGGACUGUGCACUUCAACUGCUUCUCGCAGGCGGGAAUCUGCACCAAGUUGGGCUAUCCGGAGCUCACGCGGCCGGACGCCACGCAUUCGCCCAGAUAUGCGAUGUUUUUGCCUCGGGCGGCCGGGCUUGUGCGCUUAGACUACCGUGGCGAGCCCACGUCGGCUGAAAUGCUGCGUUUUGCCACGAAAGUGAGCACCAGUGGCCGCUUUGAGCAUGUGUCGCGGUCCGAUUUGGCCAGUGCCGGUUUUUUGAGUAAGAGCAUCGACAACAGUAAAAACGGCGACCGUGUUGUGGUUGUUUUCGCAUAUGAGGCUGAAGCAGUGCUGACCGAGGAUAAGGCGGUGCUUCCAUAUAUUUUGGAGUCGGUGGCCCGCUCUCCGUUUGACGUGACCUUGUACGUCUCCAGUGAAGAUUUUUCGGAAGCGUUGAAGGCCCAGGCAAAGGGAUUGCUUGAGUACGUGGCACAGGACGAGUCUUUCAAGGUUCCUGAGUUUGACGCCAAGUUGCACUACGCCACCAUGUCGUCUGCUUUGCCCUCUCUUUACAUCUUCAAAGAGAACCUGUUGGUUCCAGCGGUGUACCAAAACUACGCCCUCGAAGACAUGCGGGACGAAAAGAAAAUCGCAAAGUUCAUUGAGAAAUAUAGUCAUCCACUCUGUGGCCCCUUGACUCCGGAGUUGGUGCGUGCUUACUUCAACCACAAGGGACGCAAGAAUGCCUUGCGUGACGACAGAGUCGUGGUGACGUUUGUGAAUCUGGCAGACCAGAAGGAAAUGUCGGCACUUUUGCAGAAGGUGUCUUUGCUUGCUCACGAGUACAGCCUUUUGCGCAAGCAGUACUACUAUCUGCAAAUUCUUACACGCAGAAGCGAGAAGAAGGUCCACGUGGACAAGAUGAAACAAGAAAAGGCAAAGACAGCGGACAUUGUGGGAGCUAUGCGUGAGCGCGUGCCCCACUUGUUCGAGGACGACGACGUUGUAUUUGCUUAUGUCGAUUUAGCCGAAUACCCGCAGUUUGCAAUGGAAGCGGGAUGGGAUGUCGACGGCAGAAACUACGUUCCAGGCGAUGCAGUGGUGGUUUCCAAAACAAACAAGUAUUACUGGGAUCAGAACUUGCAAGGAGCUCCGUUGAAAAUGGUUCCCUCUUCAGUGCGUCCUGUUUUGGAAUAUUUGAUCGACCCCAAACUUGUUCUGGAGAAGCCAACAGGUUUCUCGGCGAAGUUAUCCAACUCGCCGUACCCAAGUUUUCUCCGGUACUUCGACUUUGUCCACCAACACGGCUUUUUCGGCUAUCUUAUAUUCUUCCUGGUUGUGUUCGCUGUCUAUAAGGUUGUGACAAGACGUAGGCUUCAUCGUGGGAUCAUUAGCAUGGUGAAAAGUGACUGA